CAAUCAUAUGCCGAGGUGGGACUCAGAUCAGUUUAAGAUCUGUGGUACAAAAACUAAAACCUCAGCCUAAAAGUAAAACAUGGGCCAGAUUUGAGAUUGAGUAGAAGAAGUAGAGUAAAGACACCAGGGAAGGUGGAUCAUUCAUGUUGAGAAUCAUUCACGUUGAUGUUAUCAUCAAUUUGAAUUUUACCUUGGCACAACUUGCUCUUACCCUACAGCUUUCCAACAUCAUUAGGGGAGACUAAAGAUGGACCCUCCAACAUCAUUAGGGGAGAUUUUAGAUGAGGAUUUUCCAACAGCGUACAUGAGGGUAGAUUUUUAAAGAUGGAAGGGAUAACUAUUACAUUAAAUCAAGAUCAUCCUCACAAGAACAUGCAGUUGUAUUACAACGACUGCAUCAGAAGACUCACUACGUAGUUGUAUGACACGAACUACAUGAUCAGGAGAAGACGGUAAGAACUGAGGACAUUGCCACCAUGCCAUGGAGUGAUCAAUGAUG